AUGUCACCCGAUACACCCGACCUCGACCUCGAAACGCGGCCGGCGGAACCCCUCAAUCGCGAUGAAACAUACAAACAGCAACCCGAAACUACAGAGGAAGAGCCAUUCGGAGACGAAGAAGGUGCAGAGGUCAGGUACCGGACGUUGGAGUGGUGGUUUGCAGCUUUUGCUGUCAGUUUCGGCAUGGAACUAACACAGGUGGCCAGUUAUGCUUGCCGGAGGAACCUCUCUAGGCAUCCUAACGCUUCCCUCGGCUGUGGCGACGCUGGGAAUCGUCCCGUUGGUCUUCCGUCUUCCGUCCCGGUGCUUUAUCAAUGGCUAACUGUGAACUGGCAAAGCGGCGUGAUACUCAUCGUCGGCAUUGCUAUCCUCACCGUCUACACCGGCUGUGUAAUGGGGCAAUUCAAGGCGCGAUAUCCCCAUGUUCAUAGCAUUGCGGAUGGGGGCGAGGUACUUUUCGGCUGGAUCGGGCGCGAGGUCCUGGGGACGGGGCUGCUGCUCUGCCUGGUGUUUGUGAUGGGAGGGCACAUUCUCACUUUUAGUGUCAUGAUGAACACACUGACCGAUCACGGAACAUGCAGUAUUGUUUUCGGGGUGGUGGGGUUGCUGAUUUCGCUUAUAUUGAGCUUGCCGAGGACGUUUAAAAGGAUGUCGUGGUUGUCAGUUAUUUCGUUUGCCAGUAUCGUUGCGGCAGUCUUAGUCACGAUGAUUGCGCUUGGUGUCCAGCGGCCACGGAAUGUAAAGGUUGAGGUGACUAGGUCGACGAGUCUGUACAGAGCGUUUCUCGCAGUCACGGAUAUCGUGUUCGCUUAUGCCGCCCAUCCAGCCUUUUUUGGCUACAUUUCCGAGAUGAAAACCCCCACCGACUGGCCGAAGACGCUGUGUUUUGUUGAAAUCAUCAACACGACCUUGUACACAGUCACCGGCGUGGUUAUCUACCGGUUUGCUGGUCAGCACGUUGCGUCACCGGCACUGGGCUCAUCCAGCCCUUUGAUGGCCAAGGUUGCGUAUGGAAUUGCGAUUCCAACGAUUGUGAUUGCCGGGGUGAUUAAUGGACACAUCGCUUGCAAGUACAUUUAUGUCCGCCUGUUCCGGGGUACCGAGCAUCUGCACCAGCGCAGUCUGUUCUCGAUAGGGACUUGGGUGACGAUCUCGGUGGUGCUGUGGACGAUAGCCUGGAUCAUUGCAGAAGCAGUUCCUGAGUUCAAUAACCUGCUGAGCCUGGUCACCGCACUGUUCUGCAGUUGGUUUUCGUAUGGACUAUGUGGUGCCUUCUGGCUCUUCAUCAACAAGGGUCUUUGGUUCUCGUCGCCGAGGAAAACAUUCUUGACCAUUGUCAAUUUCAUCCUGCUUGGCAUGGGAGGAUGUCUGUGUGGCCUUGGACUGUAUGCGUCUGGCCGAGCAAUCAGCGAAGAGUCAGCUGGCCGCAGCUUCUCCUGCGCCAGUAAUGCAUAG